AUGCAUUUCCUUCUCACCUCCACCAUCCAAACCCACUGUCUGUGGGAGGGAGCCCACACACACGGGAGAUCUAGGCACAGAAGGAAAGCCGCCUACGAAGCUUCCGGCGAACGAAGCUCCACUCGCGACGCCCACGCCGCUUUGAAGUCUACCGACGUUGUUACUUGUAAGCCCUCGCCCAUUUCGUUACUGCGUAUGCGCUUUCGUUUUGCUUGUGGUGGCCUUCACUGGCUAAUCUAUUUUGGAAUUGUUGUUAGAAUACUAGCUAAUUGGAAAUCUGCUGCUCGGUCAAAAGAAAGGAAGUCACGCCAUACAAAAGAACUUGAGCUGUUCAGAUCCUUCAAACUGAGGCAACAACACGUUCUUCCCAACUCACAUUGA